AUGGACACUGUCACCGCCCUCGCCGGCGCGGCCGCCCUUUUCAUCUUCAUCACCUCACUACUCCGUCUACGCCACCCACUCCUCCGCGGCCGCAAGAACGAUGGUAAAACCAAGAGCACGCAGCUUCCGCCGAGCCCCGUCGCCAUCCCCUUCCUCGGCCACCUCCACCUCCUCAAAAGGCCGUUCCACGCCGCGCUCUCCCGCCUCGCCGCGCGCCACGGCCCGGUCUUCUCCCUGCGCCUCGGCUCGCGCCCCGCCGUGGUCGUGUCAUCGGCUGCGGGCGCCAGGGAGUGCUUCACGGACCACGACGUGACCUUCGCCGACCGCCCGCGGUUCCCUUCCCUGCAGCUGGUGUGCUUCGGCUGCACCACGCUCCCGACAUCCCGCUACGGCCCCUACUGGCGCAACCUCCGCCGCGUUGCCACGGUGCAGCUCCUCUCCGCGCACCGGGUGGGCUGCAUGACCGCGGACAUCGCCAGCGAGGUGCGCGCGAUGGCGCGCCGCCUGGCACAUGCCGCCGCGGCCGACCCCGGCGGCACCGCGCUGGUGGAGCUCAAGCGGAGCCUGUUUGAGGUGUCCCUUAGCGCCUUGAUGGAGACCGUCGCGCAGACGAAGACGUCCCGCGCCGAGGGGGCCGAGGAUACGGACAUGUCGCCGGAGGCACAGGAGUUCAAGGAGUCGCUGGACGAGAUCGUUCCACUGCUAGGCGGGGCCAACAUGUGGGACUUCCUGCCGGUGCUACGGUGGUUCGAUGUGUUCGGCGUGAGGAACAAGAUCGUGGCUGCGGUGAGCAGGAGGGACGCGUUCCUGCGGCGGCUCAUCGACGCCGAGCGGCGGAGGCUGGACGACGGCGUCGGCGAGGGGGAGAAGAAGAGCAUGAUUGCCGUGCUGCUCGAUUUGCAAAAGACAGAGCCGGAUAUCUACACGGACAAGGUGACCAUGGCUCUGUGCAUGACCAUGUUCAGCGCGGGGACAGAGACAACGGCGACGACGGCGGAGUGGGCGAUGGACCCGUCGGCGUGGGAGCACCCGUUGGAGUUCAGGCCAGAGCGGUUCGAGGACGGGAAGGCCGAGGGUCUGUUCAUGAUGCCGUUCGGGAUGGGGCGGCGCAAGUGCCCCGGCGAGGCCCUAGCGCUGCGGAUGCUGGGCCUGGUUCUGGGCACGCUGGUGCAGUGCUUCCAUUGGGACAGGGUUGGUGAUGAUGAGGUUGACAUGGGUGAAGGAGGUGGGCUGACGCUCCCCAAGGCGGUGCCGCUGCAGGCGAUGUGCCGACCGCGGGCAGCCAUGGCCGAUGUCCUGCGGGGGCUGUGA